UGGACUGUUAUCUGAAAAAAAUUCGCAAUUUGAUGCUUCAAUAUGAAUAUGACUCAAUUAUUGCUACAAUACGAGUAUGUUCGGAAUCGUCAUCCACGAGUAUUUAGAAUCACAAUUGACGAAGAAGUUUAUCAAUUUAAAUGGAUGCUGAAUGUGUAAAGAAAGAAUGCUGUCUGGAUUGUCGCAUAUGCCUUAACUCAUUCAACUCACCCGAGGAAUUCGCCGAUCAUCUGAGAACUAGUCACUGUUCUCAAGAAGGUGGUUCUUUUGUUUGCUUGUAUGGAGAAAAUCGAGUUUGUCCAUCGUUACCAGUCGAAGGUGUUAGUGACGCGGAUUAUGAAAGACAUAUUUAUAAACAUCACAUAUACAUUCGCAGUAAAUAUCAACGUCACAAAAGGCAAGCCAGCGUUAUGUCGACUUGCUCAGAUCAAUCAUUAGAUGACAAAUGGAAUGUUUAUUCGGCUUCGCAGAAUUUAGCUGCUGUUUUGAACAAUCCGCAUAAAAUUAAACAAAAAGACUUUUUUACCAAGCUAUGGGGUGAAGGAUUCAUCGAAGUUAGUCAUGUUCCUGAUCCGCCUUAUUUACCAACUAUUAUGAAACAACAUUUCGACCCAUAUCUCAAGAAGUUGUUAAAGAGAUACCGCAGACGAUCAAAGUUACCAAAAAAUCGAUCAAAUGAUCCAUCACAAGUUGAAAUAUCACCAAGUUUGUCAUCAUCGAAAUUACAAUCUCUAGAAAAAUUAACCUUCGAAGUACCUGAUAUAUUUUUAAAAAGUAAAUUCGAUCUAAGUUGCGCGGAUACGUUUAAUUUCGUAUUUCCGCAUAUCGCAGAAUGCAUAAGACCGGAGCAGUCGUCGACGGAAAUCGUUCCCGGUAAAACUAGCAGUCCAUCGAAUAGACCAAAAUUAUUACAAGAAAGACUAACUCAUUAUCUGGAUAUGGUCGAAGUUCAAAUCGCUAAACAAGUAUCGUCGAAAUCGGAUGCUUUUUUUCAUACGAUGACUUCGCACGAUGCUUUAAUGGAAAAUUUAGGACAAACUAUUACGAAAGUGCGAACCUUGAGAGGUAAAAUUCAAAGUAUCGAUAAAAGUCUAGUCACAGAUUCGUUGAAAAUAUUGAAAGGAAUCAGAUCUCGUAAUAAUUAUUGUCUAGUCUUGCGCAAGCUGAAAAUAAUGGCUACCGUUUACCAGACUCAACCUACCGUCAAGUUACUGUUAUCAACUCCGGAUUACGUGGCAGCUCUGGAUUUAAUCUACACUACUAAACAUUUGCUGAAUAAUGAAUUAGCUGGAAUACAUUGUUUCAGACAUUUAUCUUCGGAAUUGAACGAGGUGAUCAAAAUGAUCGACGCAUUGAUGACCGGUGAAAUGGAACGAUACGCGACGACCGAUUUAAACAGACCUCUUUUGGAAUCUGAAAUUCAAACUAUUGAAAAAGAUAAAUUAUUAUGCAUAAUUAUGGGUAUGUUGAGAAGGCAGUGUUUCUCUUUCGUGGACUGCUACUGGCGUGAAUCUUACGCCACUAUCAAAGCAACCAUUAAACAAGCAGUCAUAGAAAUCGUGGCUGAAAGUGAUUCGCCGAUUAUCAGAAAUGGAAACGAGCACCUGAAUGAUGCUCUAACGUUAGACGAACAAUUGAAAUUACUAACUGUUGAAGAAUGGGUCGCUCUUCUACGUAAUACCGCCACGUCUUUGAUCGUUUUACUGAAAAGGAUUAAAAGUGCUUACAAUGUAAUGGUGAAAGCUGUACGAAUAUGUACCGAUAACAUUAGCAGCAGCUCGUCUGAUGAUGGUUCCCUUUCCUCUCAGAAAGAAUCUAUAAUUACCCACGAAUCGGAGUAUUUCUUAGACGAAGAAAAUUUGAAAAUUAUUAAAAAUAAAUUAUCGCAUUUGAUUACCUCUGCUUGCCAAUAUGUUUCCGAACGAUAUGCUCAUCUUCUAUCCAAAAGAUCCUUAACUGAUAACGUUGACAAGAUGAAUGGAAAGCAAAGUAACGCAUCUAAAACAACCACAGCAACGAACUGGCUCGCAGAACAAGCUACCCUGGGCCAACUAAACGAAGUCAGAAAAUACGUAGACGAAUUAUACGACGCUUGCUUGUCGUUGAAUCCUAAUGAUAAUGUUCCUAUGGCGCUGAAAUCAGCAUUCAAAACCGAAGCUACCAAGUUCAUGAAGAAAUUCCACGAAGACCGAUUGAAGAAGAUAGAUAUGAUUUUAGAUACCGAAAGUUGGAGAGAAGCUCAAGUUCCUGUUGAAUUUCAAUCUUUAGUUAAUCAAAUUAUCGAAUUAGGUAAAUUCACAACUUAUAAAGUCGAUACGAAAUCUAACAUUUCAAAUAAACCGGCCGAUAUUUUAUACAUUGGGAAGGAAAAAUUUGUAGUGAUUGGCACGGUUUUAAUGCUGAUCAAAGUGAUAUCGGAAUAUUGCGUCAGAGCUGAAGACAUCACACUCUCGGCUCAAUGCCUGCUGCGUUAUUUAGCUGAAUUAUUGCAACUAUUUAAUCGAAAAAGUUGUAAAUUAGUUCUGGGAGGUGAAGCAUUAUCCGAAAGAACCGGAUUAAAGAAAAUCACCAGCUCAAAUUUAGCUCUGCUGAUGAGAGCAUUACAAUUGCUGUUGAAAUUGGUGCCACAAAUAAAAAACCAUUUUCGAAAUUUGUUACCGCCGGAUUCGCAACAGACGAUCAGCUGCUUAGAUCGUGUUUCCGAUGAACUUCACUUACACGUCAAAGACAUAAGUAUAAAAAUGUUAUCAAUUCCGUCGCAAAUAAUUGCCACCGAGUUGAAAAACUGGGAAGCCAAGCCUCCUGUGCCGUCCAAAGCUUUUCAAAAUUUAUCGAAAACCUUGAAAAAAAUGCACGAAGUUAUUUCCGGUAUUUUGACCGAUAACGACGUACACGAUUUGUAUAGGAAAAUGAACGUCAAGUUUAAAGAAGUUUUAAGAGAACGGAUCGUGAAAAUGAAUAUUGUCAAUGAUGGGGGACCACAGCAUGGCGUCGUAACAACCGAAUUAUUUUUCUACCUUCAAGAUCUAAAGAAAAUCGGCGCAUUACCUGAAAACGAAUUGAUUGAAUCUUCAAUGAACGAUUUAUGGUCUUGAAGAAAAUCCAAAACCCCCUUUAUCAAGCAGUCCGGUCGGACUGCCCCGCCAAGCAAGAAAAAAAAACGAACACAAAAAAAACAAAAACCGAUAAUACCAAACGUGAUGACAGUCCGGCCACUUACUGCUUAUAUUCCCUGAACAACUAAGCGUAUUUUUGAUGAUGAAUUUCUCGCGAAUAAAAACACGCACGAAUCUGAUUUUUUGAUAUGUUGUUGGCAUCAACGAGAGCUUUAAUUUGGUAUGCUUACAAACUUUCUACGGUAAAAAAUGAUGUAGAUUUGAAUACCCAAAGUUAGCAUUUUGGGGUAAUUUUUGAAAUCACUAAUCUUCGUGUCAAGAGAAAACUACUGAACCAAUUCAAGUCAAAUUUCGUACACUGGUGUAAAUUAAUGAGUUAUUUUUAGAUACAACGUCAGUUUUGAAAAAAAAUUAUUUUUGACCCCCUUUUUCUCAACUUUAAAAUUUCUUUCCCCCCUAAAACACCCCCAAAAUGAAAAUUUUUCGCGGUACCGUAGAAAAGGGUCAUCUACAUUAUAUUCGCCAUCAUUGUGCAAAAUUUCAAGCAAAUCGGUUCAUUUGGAAAGGCUGUAGCCUUGUCAACGGAAAUUUAAGCAUGAAAUUUCGUGAUGACUAUUUCCAUUUUUCAUCCUAAACCACCCAAAAAAUGAAAAUUGUUAGCUGUAUCAUAAAAAAGGGUAAUCUACAUCAUAUUCACUAUCAAUGUGCAAAAUCUCAAGCAAAUCGGUUCAUUAAGAGAGGCUGUAGCCUUGUCAACGGAAAUUUCAGCAUGAAAAUUCAUGAAAAUUUCCGUUGACAAGGCUACAGCUUCUCCAAAUGAACCGAUUUGCUUGAAAUUUGGCACAGUUGUAUUAAAUGUGAUGCAGAUGACCCUUUUUUAUGGUACAGCAAACAAUUUUCAUUUUUAGGGUGGUUGAGGGUGAAAAAUGGAAAUAUUCAUGAAAUUUCAUGCUUAAAUUUCCGUUGACAAGGCUACAGCUUCUCCAAAUGAACCGAUUUGCUUGAAAUUUUGCAAAAUGAUAGCGAAUAUAAUGUAGAUGACCCUUUUCUACGGUACAACGAGAAAUUUUCAUUUUUGGGGGGUUUUAUGGGGGAAAGCAAUUUUCAAAUUGUGAAAAAGGGAGUCAAAAAUGAUUUUUUUAAAAAACUAACGUUAUAUUUUGAAAUAAUACCCUAAUUUAAAUCACUGUACGAAAUUUGACUCAUAUCAGUUCGGUAGUGUUCUUCUAGUGAGAAACUUUGUGAUUUAAUCAACAAAUUAUUCUAAAAUUGUUGGUGUACCCGAAUUCCCAUUAAUAAUUUAUAAUAAUGUACAUUAUUUAAAAAAAAAAAAAAAAGUGGUGAUAUCAAUCGAAAAUACUUUUAAAAAGCAAAAAUUCCGCCAACCAAAAAAAAAACUUACCUACAAAAAAACAAAAAGAAUUGUCAACAAAAAUCUGAUAUUCUCAACUUCUUGGAGUAUGUACCCAGAUUCGCAUUAACAAUUUACAAUAUGUACACAUUAAAAAAAAAGUCGUGAUAUCCAUCAAAAAUACUUUUAAAAAGCAAAAUUACCGCCAACCAAAAAAAAAAAAAAAAAAAACUUGCAAAAAGAAUUGUUAACAAAAAUUUGUUCAUUAAGUAACUUUAAUGAAAAAAUUCAUGAUAUCAAAACAUCGCCAAGCAAUUUUCAUUCAGCAGUUGUGAUCAGGAAUUGAUAUGGAAUUUCAAAUUAAUUUGGUACUUACUGAAAUAAAAUAUCCAUAAGUUUGAGAACUGAAUUGAAAAACCGGGCCAAGCGCCGGCGGAAUUUAUCGGUCCGGUUUUUCAAUUCAGUUCUCAAACUUAUGGAUAUUUUAUUUCAGUAAGUACCAAAUUAAUUUGAAAUUCCAUAUCAAUUCCUGAUCACAACUGCUGAAUGAAAAUUGCUUGGCGAUGUUUUGAUAUCAUGAAUUUUUUCAUUAAAGUUACUUAAUGAACAAAUUUUUGUUAACAAUUCUUUUUGCAAGUUUUUUUUUUUUUUUUUUUGGUUGGCGGUAAUUUUGCUUUUUAAAAGUAUUUUUGAUGGAUAAUAGUUUCUCGUUAAUUAUUUUUAAUCUAGUUCUAUUCGCUGUAUUUUUUUUUUUUUUUUUUUUUCAAAGACUGCAUCUGCUACGAAAUGAUCAGUCGAGGUUACGUAAUCGUUAACUAAUAAGUAUAGUUUUUUCUCGCCGUAAAAUGCAAAAAAAGAAAAAAAUUCUUAUGUGAUACGCUAUUUAUUAUCAUUGUUGUUGUUAUCGUUUUUCGUUCGUUUUGUUUUUGUUUUCUUAUAUAUUUCAUUUUUUUCUCAUUAUUUAUUUUUCUUUUUCGAAAGCAUCUGUGAUUCAAUCGGUUUUAGUUGAAUAUUUUAUUUAUUUUCGCGUGUAUUAAUUGUGUUCUCGUACUCGUCUAUUUAAUUCGCGCAGUAGUUAAUUACGAAUUUUUAGAUUUAAAUUUACGUAAUUUUAAUUCUCGUGCCUGAAUAGUUUAAAAAAUGGAAUUGAAAAUUAUUGUCGAUUCUUGAAACGUGCAAUAGAAUUAAUGCAGUUGUGACAUCUUUGUGGAAAAGUCCUGUUGUAUAAUUUUAUAUGUUUCCAUGUUUCUAUUGAUAAUAUAUAUUUUUUAAUUAUUUAUUUGAUCACGAUUUUGUUUAAUUUGGGGUAAGAAAGAGGAAUUAUUCCAGUUUUAUACUAAUCACUAAAUUUUUACUUGUAGAUUGUAAUCAAUGUAAUGUGAAUUCGUGCGAUUUCAUUCAACUCAACUCUGAUUUUUCUGAUUCUUGAAUUGGAUCACUUCAAUUUCAUCUGUUCCUCUGCUAAUAAUUUUACCGUUUCGGUUUCCUAAUGGUACUCUAUUCGUACCAUCUUCUCUUCGGUAUACGAUGUUGAUCAUUUGUCCAGUAUCCUGAGAAAAAUAAUCAAUAAAUUAUUACUGUUUUUCUCCUCAAAA